AUGGCCGAACAACAACAAGAUUCCUCAAACCCCCCUCUACAAGGCCACCUCGCCCUGAUAACAGGCGCAACAGGCGGCAUCGGCUCAUGCAUUUCCCAUCUGCUCGCCAGCCUAGGCAGCUCCCUUGCACUGCACUACAACAGCGACGAACAAACUGCCUCCGCGCUGCAAACCAGCCUACAAAGCAAGUACGCACGGCAAUUUGGCAGCGAGUUCAAAGCUUACCAGGCGGACAUGGCGCGUUACGAUGAUGUCCGGCAUAUGCACCAAGACAUCACCUCGACACAAGGCGCGCCGACGAUACUCAUCAACAACGCGGGUUCUACCGGUGGGCACAGCGGCGUGCAAUCCGUGGGCGAAGUGUCUAUCGAGGCCUUUGAGCGGACGUGGCGGAUUAAUUGCGGGUCUGCAUAUUUGCUCACGCAGCUGUGUGUGCCGGCCAUGGAGGAGAAAGGGUGGGGUAUAGUCAUCUUCGUGAGCAGUGUCGCGGGGAUUACGGGGGGGAUUAUUGGACCGCAUUAUGCGUCUGCGAAAUCUGCGCUGCAUGGUAUGGUACACUGGCUUGCUAAUGCGUAUGCAAAGAAAGGCAUCACGGUGAAUGGAAUUGCGCCUGCGCUUAUCGAGCAGACCAAGAUGCUGCCGGGGAGUAAUGAGGAAUUGUCGAAGAGUAUGUAUUGUCUGCUAACCAUACCCAUUGGCCGCCUCGGCACGCCAGACGAGAUUGCAGAGACGAUGCUGUGGAUGAUCAAGACGGGCUACGUGACGAACAAAGUUAUUGCCGUCGAUGGGGGCAUGUUUCCACAGUAA